CUGUUCCCCCACUUCCCUCCUUCCUUUGUCAGUCCCUCUUCAGCCCAUUCCAGCUCCUUCGUCGUCUCCCUUUGGUUGUGAUUUAGUUUUUUUGGUUGAGCGAUGUGUUGUUCGGUGGGUUUUGCCCGGUCGUUGGGCCUGGCUCUGCUGCCGCUGGCACUCUGCUGUAUCCUGGCUAACCUGCUGCUGUUGUUUCCAAUGGGAGAAAUCACUUACAUCCAACAGGAUCGUCUAGCCAGCUACAUCUGGUACUUUGGUGGACUAGGAGGUGGAGGGCUAUUGAUGCUCAUUCCAGCUGUGGCCUUCAUCACUCUAGGGAAAUGCAGCUGCUGCUGGAAUGAAAGCUUAAUGAUGUGCGGUUCAGUUCUGGCAGCUAUCAUCGGCCUCCUGGGCUCUGGUUACUGUUUUGUCAUAUCAGGGCUUGCUUUGGUGCAGGGUCCCCACUGCUUCACCUCCCAUGGGUGGUCAUACCCCUUUGCAGAUCAGCGCGGCAGGUAUCUGUUGCAGCCCGAAAUCUGGCCACGGUGCCUUCAGCCACUCAACAUCGUAGAGUGGAACGUCACUCUACUGUUUGUGUUAUUGGGCCUUGCAGUGCUGGAGUUCAUUAUCUGUCUUUUGCAGCUUGGAAAUGGUUUGGUGAACGCCAUCUGCCGGCCCUGCUGCUACAAGCAGGAGUACAGUCUCAACGCUUAGAGAGACACGUAUUCUGCAUGAACAACAAGCAUUUCAGAAAAACACACACUUGAAAACAAACAGUACAAUAACACACGCACACAUAUUCACGAGUCUGCACACAUGACUGUAUUAAAUCACCACCUGCAAUUAAGAAGUAUCUAAGCUAUUUCAUACUGAUGAUCUAAAGUGUGAUGGACAAUGGGUUUCACAGAAGUGAGAGUAGAGUUACAUACCAUUGUCCUGAACAUAUUUUAAGAGUUUGUUGUCUAAAUUAGUCACAUCAAUCUUACAAAAUGACAAAGUCAGCCUGUUAUCAUUAAGAUGUGUGUAAAUGAGAAUAGCUUCUUCUCAUGGGGCUUGGUUUGAGACAAUGCACAUUCUCAUGGUUUGUUUUGGUUUUCUUACUCUUUAGCAUUAUAAAAUACCCUGAAGGUUUUUAGGUAUUUUGUUUGUUUAUGUUUGAACUUUGAAUACCUGUUGUUGUAAACUGUUACCUUGAUAUCUACCUGUUGCUAGUCUAUUAUUACCUACAAUUUUAUGUGUUUUUAGUGACAUUGUUUAUAAAGUACUGUUUAUUUGUGCUGCCUUGAAUAAAGAAAUAAGUUGAAUUUAA